AGGCGAUUACAACCCGUGGAGGACAAAGAUAUCAGAUCAGUUCUCCACACUGACUGAUGACAAGGUGUUCGUGCUAUUUUGUUUUCUGUGUUCUGACUCCGGUCCUCCUGACUUCACUGACACAGAGUGGCUGGACAUGCUUAAUAGGAUACGACAGAGAGUGUACCGUGAAGAGAAUCCUGUAACAAGUGAGGAAGCACAGCAGACUCUGGACAGACUGAAGUCGCUUGAAUUUCUUUGGGAGGAUCAGGACACGAUCACGGAAGACACAAAGGAUGAGACAAUGUAUAGGAUAGCAUCAAAAUACGGUGUUAUACCAUUCUGGUACAGUAGUUAUGUCACAGCCAGUGUGUACCUGAGAUCAAAUGGAUACGAAAGAAAACCUGGAGAGAAGUGUGUUAUUAGUCAUUACAGUGUUCUUGAUUCCUUAUUGAUACGCCGUCUUCAGAUGAACAUACUGACUCACGUCACCAUGGAGGACACACGUGCAUCUAUAUAUGAUGAGAUAAACCAGAUAUUGCUUGUUUCAGAUAAUAUACAAAAGGAAAGUGAAGAUAAACGAAAAGAAUUUCUAAUGGAUAUAAAGAGAGGAGGGGAGGCUGUACAUUACAGAGAAAGAUCACAAGACAGUGUAGAUCACGUGACAUGGCUCUGGCGAUACGAGUACUGGCCAAGGCAUGACAUUGUGAGAUCCUGUAUAGGCCUCCAUCCACACAAUGACAUUUACAUCGUCGACAACAAAGCUUACAGAAAACCAAGUAAAUACCAUAAGUAUGUGCCGGAAGUGAGGAAUGUAUUUUAUUGCUUACUGUUUGCUGAGAAAUAUCAGAUAAAUCUCAAUGAACAAUCACACAGAAUCACAAAGGACAAAAUCAGAGACAGAUAUUUCACUGAUAUUACUGAAGAAGGCUCGGUAGAUCUUCCUGAUGGAAUAACAGUAAUGCAUAAUGAUGUCAUAACCUUUAUAUCAGACGAUAUCCGACAUGACGUCAUGUACGCCUUUGUUACGGAGUGUUUGGUGGAGGACAGUGAUCUGGAGUUUUUCCUGUCCACGGCGUCACGUGACGUGAUAUCAGAAUACUGCAGGUCAAUGAAGUAUUUGAGGAGUGAGGGAGAGAGAUGUCUGUAUAUACCGGACAGUCCGGAGAAGAUGUACGACCUUUUCAUAGACAAACUACAACUGGACAUCAUCACACACUGUACCGUGUCUGAUAGAGGUAUUCAUGAAAAGAUCAGUGAAUAUUUAAAAGUACCCGAAGAAAUAUUAAGAUGGGAUAUGGAUGCUAGAGAAAGGUUUGUGAAGAACUUCAAGUUAGGAAGGGAGAAAAUGUUCCGCGCCAGAGGCAUGAUAGUUGGCUGUGCAGGCGCAGGAAAAACAACUCUUCUUAGAAAGCUUCAAGAAAAAAGAAGACCAGAUGAAAAUAAACCAACUGAGACAACUAUAGGUCUUGAGGUCCAUGAAGAUUUGUUUGCUAUUGAGGACAACAAGUUAAGAGAUUUUAGCAAGGAGAAAGCAGACUACAGUACAAAUCCAUAUUUUGACAACAAUGUGAUAAGUAUGACAGACUUUGCAGGACAAGUGGCAUACUACGCAUGUCAUCAGGUAUACCUGUCAAGGAGAGCAUUCUAUAUCGUGGUUAUUGACAUGUCCAAAAAUCUUAAUGAAGAAAGUCGAAUGUAUGACACAGAUCGUCAUUACCCAACAGGAUCCUUAUUUCACACUUGGACUUACGGAGACUACUUCCAUUUUUGGCUGCAAACUAUAAAUACAUACUGCAAUGAUGGAAUAACACAAAUAGAUCCGAAGGACACAACAUCAUACAAAGAAUCUAUGGCGGAAGUCAAUUUUCACCCGGUAAUCCUCGUUGCCUCCCAUAAAGACAAGCUGCAGGGCGGUACUUUGCACACAUUGGAUACAUUUUACAGCCAAUUGGAAGCGUGUUUAUCUAAAGAACAAACAUUGAAAAAACUUAUAUCACCAUACCGAUAUUUUGAGGUAGAGUGUCCACCAAAAGUAAUGACUCAUAAGCAGCAAAGCUCAGUUGACCUUGUAAAGAAAUGUAUCGUAGAAACUGUGCAAAAGCUGCCACAGUGGGGAGAAGAAGUUCCUUUGACUUGGUUUGAACUUGAGAAAAUUCUUAAUCAGAAAAAGGCAGACGGAGAAAAAGUCUUAAAGAGGCCAAAUUUGAUAGAAACGGCAAAAAUAUUGUCUAUAAACGAAAAUAACCUCAGUGAUGUUCUCCGUUUCUUACACGAGAUAGGAAAAAUCAUAUAUUUCCCUGUAGAUAAACUCAAAGAUACGAUAAUCAUUAAUGUUCAGUGGUUUGUUGAUGCAUUCAAGUACAUCAUAGCUGACGAAAAGCAUUUUGCUCGGAAAGACAACAAAAACAUAUUAGUUAAUACCGGAAGAAUCACCGGGCAGUAUAUGGAAGAAGUGUGGAAAAGUAUGGACAAUCAUAAUGUACAUUACUUUGACAUGGAUGUUACUGAUGAAACUGAUAAACAUGAUUUCUUAAGAUAUAAAGAUGAUAUAAUACAAUACAUGGACAAACUUGGCUUGAUGACAAGAAUUGAAAAUCAAGGGGGCGUUGAUGAUUAUGAGGAAAUGUAUUACAUUCCGAGUAUGAACCGAACAGACCUUUCUGAUGACAGAAAAGAUGCCAUCAACCGACAACACAAAUCAAUAAUGAUGGUGUACCAUUUCAGAUCUUAUUUACCUCAUUUUUUCUUUUUCCGAUUGGUGUUAAACUGA